UUUUAUUUAUUUAUUUAUUAGAAACCUUUUCUCAUUUUUCAUUACAGAAACUUUAACUAUCAAUCACAAUUAUAAUCAGUAACAUCCGAAUUUGCCUUGUGCCGGAUGGUAUUAACUAAUAAUAUUAUCAAUUUGUUUUUUUUUUAUAAUAAUAUUAUAUAUAUUACAGAGCAAUUAAUUUAUAUUAUCAUAUAAACUAUCAUUAAUUUUAAGAGAAUUUUAUAAUAUAUAUAUUAUAUAGGUGUAUAUUUUUGUUAGGUUAAAAGAAAUCUAUUAUGCAGGAAGCCAUGUCAUAGACAUUAUAGGUUCACCUAGGAAAAUCCUUAAGAUGGAAAAUGUAGAUCAUAUAUAAAUGAUGAAAAUGUUUGCUCCUUUAUUAAAAUGGCUUAAGCUAUACUUAUGAUUAUUUAAAAUAAAUAUGUUUUAAUUUUAUUUUAUUUUGUAGGGAAAUAGUACUAUAUCAUUUCUGGACCUGCCGGAGAAUUAUAAUUUUCAGAUAAAGCUCAAAUAAGGAGGGAUCAAUGAUAUAACUGAAUCAUUGAUAAAAGAUAAUAUAUAUGGUCUGGCUGGAGUUUUACCCAAAAGAGGGCAAAAAAAAGUGAUAUAUUUUUUUUCCGUAUUAAGUUGUUAUUUUGAACGGAUAAACCAUGAAAAAGUUUAAUCAAUUCGUCGUUAAGCAGUGAGUCAUGACUGUGGGGUGUUAUGCUAGUUCUCCUUUAAUUCUAAAAAAAUUAGUCGUUAUGGAACAUAAACAAGAUGCAGUUGAUUCCGAUUUAUAUCAUUUUUUGCUCAAUAAACAUCCUUCAGCUCUAGAGUGUUUUACUGAUAUAUUGAGCUCGACAAAAGAUAAACGGAUUGUUGUAUUUCUGGAUUACGACGAAACGCUUUCACCCAUUGUAAAUGACACUGACCAAGCAUUUAUGUCAGAGGAAAUGCGUUUCGCCGUAAGAGAAGUUGCUAAAGAGUUUCCGACUGCCAUUAUUAGUGGGAGAAGUCGACAUAAAGAAAAUCAAUAUAUCAUUUUUCGAUCGGAUGAAGAUUUUUUUCCUGCCAUUAAAGUUGUAUGUAAAAAUUGUCAUUUUAAAGGUUGAAGAGAUAACUGUUCAAUAUUCUCUUAGAGAUCAAGAAGAAGUCCUUUAAUUAAUUUAUUUUUAUUUAAACUAGCUAGAUGAAAUGGAGACUUACCAUGUUCUUCGGUAGACUUCAUCACUAGUCAGUGUAGGUUUACUAGAGUUUGAAAUUGUUUAAAAUGUAAACGCCUAAUUUAAAAAAUGAAUUUUCUAUUUUGAAA